CCCCGAGGAACCUAUAAACAUUGAAAUUCAUGCUGCGGAAAAUUCUUUCUUCUCCAAGGCAACCUAGAGAAACCUUUCUCUAAUUUAGCCCUAAUGAUGCUUUAGUGGAAUCUCUUAACCUGCGAAGAAGUAAAAAAUCAUGCUGCACAAGUCCUAAGGAUCAGCAAAUUCCAAACAUGAUGUAUCCAGGGAUCAACGAUUUAUAAUUAUUCUCCCUCGCUGUGCAUGUCUCUUUGAAAUGGGUUAUAAUUCCUUCAUUAGCGCUGUGGUGAUCGCAACGAUUUUCAAUGCUAUACUUCCAGCAUAUGCAAGUUUGAUUUUCACAAUAGAGCCAUCAGACCAUGUUGUAGCUGUAGGACAGCCCCUUCUCCUCAACUGCCAGGCCAAAUACAGUAGAUCUGGAAAUGUAGUGAUAUCUUGGAAAAAUAAUAACCAAUGGCUGUUGGAUCCCAAGAAUGCACCUUGGACCCAGUUAGCAAAUCAGUCUUUGUACUAUAGCAGCUUUCCUGCUAAUAGUACUGGCACUUUUGUCUGUGGAGCUUCAGUUCAAGGCACAUCCAUAGUCACUUACAGUAGAAAAGCAACUGUUCAAGCAGCAUACAUCAAACCACAGUACCUCACAAAUCCACAUAAUCUAACAAAAAGAUUGGGAGAGGAUGCAACAUUUGACUGUGUUAUUGCAGAAAGUCUACCCUAUUCAACCAUUCACUGGCAGAAAGAUGGAAAGGCCUUUACUGGUGGUGAAGUAACAGGUCCAUUUCAAAUUCCUAGCACAAAGGCCACAUCAUUAGCCCUGUCAGUGAGGAAUGUAACAUUCUCAAGUGCAGGAUGGUAUGGUUGUGUGGCUGUAAAUCCUUUGUUACCCAGUCUGCCACAGUACAGCAAGAAGGCUUAUUUAACUGUACUUCCUGCUCAAGACAAGCCUCACUUUGGUAUUCGUCCAACAAAUAUGAUUGUACCUGAGCACCUUCCAUCCAUUCUUCAGUGUCAAAUUCUUGGUGUUCCCCCACCUGUGAUAUCCUGGACAAUGAAUGGUCAGCCUGUGAACAAUGUGUCUGACCGGUACAUGCUUGGUAAUGGCUCACUUUACUUUGCUCCUCCAGUGAAGAACUCUUAUGCUGGGCAGUAUGUGUGUAAUGGGACAAAUAAAGCUGGAUCAGUCUCAAAUUUUCCUGUGUUUUUCAGAGUGGCAUACUUUGAAUUCAAUUUUCGUGAGAACCCAACCAAUCAGACAGCUGUUGUUGGUGAUGCGGUCAGCAUGUCCUGUGUUCCUCCUUUCAGUUUUCCUGUUCAGGUCACAAUUAAUUGGUUUCACAACUAUCAGCUGAUUACACCUGGCAGCAGAAUUACUAUUGACAAUUCAGGCACAAUAACUUUUACUUCCAUAGCAAAGUCUGAUGAAGGGAGUUAUUUCUGUGAUGCAACAAAUUCUGUCCUUCGUGCCACAAGAACAUCCUCUGUGGCCUUUGUUGCUGUGUAUGUACCACCAUCUUUUCAAGUUCGGCCCAGUAAUACCAACGUCACACAAGGUUCUCCACUUAUGUUACACUGCCAGGCCAAAGGUGAUCCAAUGCCAAGUUUAACCUGGCAGAAAGAUGGUCAGGCUGUGCAGAAUAAUCAUGUGACGCUUCUGUCCAAUGGCAGCUUGUUCAUUUCUAGUGCUGUUAAGCAGGAUGCUGGGACAUUUAGAUGUAUUGCAAACAAUGUUGCAGGUUCUGUCAGUGUGACUGCUGUUGUCGCCAUUUAUGUUCCGCCUUCACUGGUCUCGCCGCCAGAAAACGCUACAAAGACAGUGGGAGAUAUCGUGAAGUUUACGUGCACGUUCAGUGGAAUUCCAAACCCGAGCAUUCAGUGGUUCUACAAAUCUGAAGGGUCUAUGGUUCGAAUCAAUCAAACAAAUCAUUACGAUAUUUUGACCCGAUCCCUUGAAAUCAAGCAGAUAACGAAGAAAGACGAAGGAAGAUACAUUUGUCGAGCUGAAAACGUUGCUGGAAGUUUGGAAGCAUCGGCCUAUUUAACAGUGAGAGUUCCCGCUAGACUCGAUAUGAACCCAAUGAAUAUAACCGUGAAUGAGUCCUCUCCAGCCUCAUUCCGGUGUAAUGCAUCUGGUGAUCCCAAACCAGUAGUUACGUGGUUUAAAGGUGGAACCCAGUUGACCCCAGGAGCAAGGAUUGCGAUUGGUGAAGACAGUUUAACGAUUGUGAGUACGGUCGCCAGUGAUUCUGGGCAGUACAGCUGUAAUGUUAGCAAUGGAUUGAAUUCACAUGUGGGAACUACCCAUUUGCUCGUUCAAGUCCCACCAAAUAUAACAUUAUUUUACGUACCUCGACUGGUAAAACUCGGUGCGAGCGCUGUACUAAACUGUUCUGUGAGAGGUACGCCUAAACCAAGUAUUACGUGGUACAAGAACGGCCAGUUAUUGUCCUCGUCUAGCAGCUUGUUUGUGAUUGGAAGCAUUCGCGAAGCUGACAUUGGAGUAUAUACUUGCACCGCAUCUAACGCAGCGGGAAGGGUAUCAAAGCAUGGAAAUCUAACUGUUCAAGUGGCUCCCAGUCCUCCAUUUCCAAUCUCUGCCAUCCCGGUAUCCUCCUCUGCCAUUCAGUUGUCAUGGCAACCCGUUUUUGAUGGGCACAGUCCAAUUACCAGUUAUAAGCUGGAAAUGAGGAGAGAGUCUGAAAGCUACGUCGUCAUACAAGAGGUCAUCUCUGCCAUGUCAUAUACUGUGACGAAUCUUCGUCCAUUCACCUCGUACACCUUUAGGAUUUCUGCUCGUAAUGCCGCUGGUUUGGGUAACGGGGCCAAUAUUACGAACAAAACCUUACAAGAUGCUCCUUCGCCACCUACCAACGUUUCUGCGGUAGCCUUAAAUGCGACAACUAUGACCAUCACCUGGGACCUACCAACCACACCUAACGGUCAGAUCACACGCUAUGAAAUUCAUUACAAUGUUGUUGAAAAGAGUAACCUCACCAGCAUAAUGCUACUCGCCAAUCAGCUGCCGGUGCUUCAGGCCAUGAUUGUCGGUUUGAAACCAUUUACUCGUUACCAGUUUAAAGUUCGUGCCGCCACUGAGGAAAGGAAUGUUAUGUGGGGAAACUUUUCAGCGAUUACUAAAGCGACUACGGAUGAAGCAGCUCCAGCUGCAUCUCCUCAAGACAUUCAACUAACAGCUUUGUCUGCUGAGGCCAUUCUCGUUACGUGGAAGAGUAUUCCUUCCGAACUAUCCAACGGCAUCAUCAGAGAACACAUCGUGAUUGCAAAGGCAGCGGGUCCUUACAAUUUUCAUAAUGAUGGAUUGAAAUACUCCACAAAUUCAUCACUGAAUUUUACAAUUCAAGGACUUCACCCAUGGACAUUUUAUAACGUCACUGUCCAGGCCUACACGGUUGACUCCGGACCAAAGAGCCCUGUUAAACAAGUUCGGACUUUAGAAGCUGCACCUGGUCCGCCAUCGAAUGUGACUUUGGAUUCCGUCAGCCAGCACAGCAUCAUGGUGUACAUAGCUCAGCCUCUUCCUCCAGCACGAAAUGGCGUCAUCCGUGGUUACACUGUGUUGUACAGGCUGACCAGCCUAACGGAGGCUGAUUAUCUGUCUGUAAAUACAACCUCAUCCCCUGUAACAUUGACCAACCUUUCAGUGUUUACAGAGUAUUCUAUUCAAGCAGCAGCUUUCACCAGCGCAGGACUGGGCACCACAAGCGAAGUGAAAACAGCAGUCACACAAGAAGGAGUUCCAGGCACAGUCGGUAACGUGACCGUGGUAUCUGUGAGUCACAACACUAUAACAAUAACUUGGCAUCCCCCUGUAAGGCCCAAUGGCGAAAUUAUAGAGUACAGGAUCACCUACAGAUCUCUUGACAAUAACGCGACACGCAUCCUGACAACAGGUGGAAGUUUGACUACAGCUGAUAUCAAGAACUUGUCAGCGAACACGACCUAUUACAUUUACGUAACGGCAAGAACGGGCCAAGGGGCUGGCGAACAAGGAAUGAUUGUUCAUGUCACAACAGGUGUUCCUCCUCCAGUGACUCUCCUUCCCACAGAACCACAGGUUACUCCUACUAAGGGAACAGAGACAACGGUGGUGGCCCCUCCUGUGACAGAGAGGAGAACCGGCGAACUAAACCAGGAGCAGAUGAUCGUCAUAAUCGUUUGUGUGUCGCUAAUAGUUGCAUUUCUUAUAAUAGCAGCCGUUUACUUUCUGGUUUUCCGGCGAUGGAGAGAAAACAGAGAUGGUGGUGGAUACAAAAGAUCAAGAAAAUUACAUGGUUUCAAUAGUGAUUACGAAAUGAACAGGCAUGGUUUCCACGGUAACGCUGUUCUUGAUGUGACUGAAGAGCCGAGUGGAGCAGACGCCGAUGGCUCAAGCGAUUCCUUUGAUUCCGAUUGGGUUAGCAGUAGCAUCGCGUCGCCUUCACCACCACCGAAUCCGGACUACGCAGAACCCGAUCUUUCCUCUCUGCAACGUUCCUCAUCGCGUAAAUCAGAUCGCGCGCAGCUGGUAGGUGCACGACCACACAAGGACUCCAUGAUUAGCCAAGACGGUUAUUCAACCGUUGAGGCUCUUGGAGGUGGAGUUUCCAGCUUUGGCCCCCCUCCCCCACUACCUUUUCGCUCACCUUCAUUUAACGAGCGAGGUUCUGACUCUCCUGGAAGUCGUAAGUCAUUUACAAAUAAGGGUUACAACCCAGCGUCUGAGCGAGAGGGAUUGGAUCUCGGAGAAGGAAGUCGGAACAGUUUCCCCAACAGGGAUAUUUCAGAGAUGGAGAACAGGGGUUACGAUUCAGACGAGGAGCUUGACAGGAGUCUUGCUUCCGCCAGCGGCGAGAAAUCGACUUUGGACAAGGCCCCUCUCAAUCCUGACGAGUUAUACGCCAAACCUGACUUAACCAAGAAAAAGAAAUACCGUAAUAAAAAAGCACCGUCAAGUAGUAAUUCUGAGAGCAGCCAGUCUACCGUACAGGCUUCUGGUAGAUUGACGGAUUCGUUUACGAAGCCUGGGAAAGUCAAGAAGACGUUUCGUAAAGUGGGCAGCUCUCCACAGGAAAACCAAUCAGGCAGGCAGGACGAUGAGCCAACUCAUGAUCCUGUGGUGGUGUACGAUGAAAGAACUAAUUUUUAUGGCGAUGAUGCAUCAAAGGAAUCGAAUCCUUCAGUGGACAGAAAUGAUGCAAAAAGUGUUGCUGAGAGCAAUGUCUCGAGCGCAACAAUUGUCUCCGACCUAAAUAGUAGCGAAGUGGCCGAACCCGUUAAGAAUGACGAUCUGAUCAACCUUAGUCUUGAACUUCCACCUCCGGCAAACGCUACUGAGGGGCUGUCCAUCCAAGAUUCAGGCUCUGCCCCUCCCUCUCCGUAUACACUUCGCAGCAGAAAGAUCUCGUUAGGUUCUCAGGACAGUUCCUACGACGAACCUUAUAACAACUUGGAGGAGAUCGACGCUGGCAUUACACCACCGCCGGAUUUUAUCCCCGCUAAGCCCCCGUCGUUUGGAUUUAAUCCCGAAGAAGAAUUGGGCGGUCUCGCCGCUGCUCCAACCAUUUCCCGAUCUUCUUAUCCCAAUGAACCUUAUGGAGUCGAGGACAAAUCCGAGGAAGAGGCCGUGGUUAUGGAGGUGAAGGAGCUUAAAAAUAUGGAAGAUGCUAGAGAAGCUGAGGAUACAAUCAACGAUUUCGACGACAUUCUAAACGGUCUUCUCGCGAACGAGCCAACAGACGAACCAGAGACAACUCAAGAAACUUUCACGAGAUCCGACGGCUAUGAUUCGACUGUAUUAAUGUUUUAGAUUUCCAAACCGUGUAAGCUGGAAAAUUGUAUGGAAAAGCUUACCAAAGGUAUUUAAGAGUGAGGUUUUUCACCAGCCUUCUGACGAAUGGGAGAGCUCUUGAGGAACUUUUGUGAGAUCUGACGGCUAGGAUUCGGCCGUGGUAAUGUGUAAGCUUUAAGAGUGUUUAGGCUGGAGAAUUUAAACAAAUGGAAAAUGAUAUUUAGGGACUUCGAUUAAGGUGAAACUUUCUGGAGCAAGAGCUUAUGGGUUUGUUUAGAAACUUGCUAUCUGUUAUUUUGCAUUUUACUGCGAAAUAUGUUACUCAAAAAGUUUAGUGCAUGGGAAAAGCCAGAUUUCCAGGAGGUCUCUUGAAUGCCCAAUAGCUUAAUGAUAACAAUUGUAGACUUUCUCUUCAAAUAUUAGAUGCAGUUUUAAGAAUUGAUCGAUACAUCAGUUUCACUCUAGAA